UACCGGGCGCCCCCCGGCAAGUGAAACCAAAAUCCUAAAACCCUAAACAGAAAAACCUAACCAAGGGUUUCUGCUGCCACUCUUUCUUCUCUUCUUCCUCCCCAAAUUCACCUGCAAAACAAAAAAAAAAAACAUGUCGAAAAAUUCAAAGCAAAAGAAAAAGACCCAAUCAUUAUCACCAGCUAAACCCACCACCGAGGCCGACCUCCAAUCGGAAGUCGCCAAUUUCGCAUCUUCACUUGGUCUCUCUUCAUCCCUCCCAUCUUCCGGCUUCAACGACACUGAUUUCCGUAAACCCAAAUCCCAUAAAAACCCUAAGAAUGACGUCAUCACUCCCACCAAAACAAACAACAAAUUGAACAACGAUACUAAAGGAAAGCAACCUCCUUUACGCCCAACUCCUAAACCCAGGGAUAAUGUGUUCCCACAGUUGGCAGCUGCAAGUAACAAAGUGUUUGAUAGAUUCAAGAACUUGCCAAAACUGCCAUUGAUGAAGGCUAGUACAUUAGGUGUUUGGUACGAAGAUGCGGCGGAGCUAGAGGCGAACUUGAUUGGAACGGGUGCGGGACGAAAGAAGGUCGAGAUUAAGGAUGUGGAAGAGUGGAAGAGUUUGGUGCAGAAGAAAAAGGAGGUUGCUGAGAGGUUGUUGGCACAGUAUGUGAUUGAGUAUGAGAAAGUUAGGGGACAGAGUGGUGAUAUUAAGAUGGUUUUGGCUACACAGAGGUCUGGGACUGGUGCUGAUAAGGUUUCUGCGUUUUCGGUUUUGGUUGGGGAUAACCCGAUUGCGAAUAUCAGGUCAAUUGAUCAACUUAUAGGGAUGGUCACGUCAAAAGUUGGAAAGCGUUAUGCCUUUACUGGUUUUGAAGCACUUAAAGAAAUGUUCAUAUCAAGUUUAUUACCUGACCGUAAGUUGAAGACACUUUUUCAGCAGCCAUUAAACCAUCUUCCAGAGUCAAAAGAUGGCAACUCUCUUUUACUAUUCUGGCAUUGGGAGGAAUGCUUAAAACAGAGAUAUGAGAAAUAUAUAUCUGCACUUGAAGAAGCUUCUAGAGAUGUACUAGCUACACUUAAGGAUAAAGCAUUGAAGACUAUUUAUGUCUUGCUGAAGAGCAAGUCAGAACAAGAGCGCCGUUUGCUCUCUGCCCUUGUAAAUAAGCUAGGGGAUCCUGAAAAUAAAGCUGCAUCUAAUGCUCAUUAUCUGUUGUCAAAGCUUUUGUCAGACCAUCCAAAUAUGAAGGCAGUUGUGAUUGAUGAAGUGGAUAAUUUUCUUUUUCGACCUCAUCUGGUGUUGCGAGCCAAGAACCAUGCUGUUACCUUUUUAAGCCAGAUUAAGCUAACAAACAAUGAAGACGGGUCAAAAGUAGCUAAAAGAUUAGUAGAUAUAUACUUUGCUUUAUUCAAGGUGCUUAUCUCUGAGGCUGGUGGAAGUAAAAAGCAGAAAAAGAGCAAAGAAGAUUUUAAAAAACCAAUUAGCUCUACCAUAGACAAGGAGACUAAAACGGACGCAGAUUCUCAUGUAGAAAUGGAUUCCCGACUACUCACAGUUCUUUUAAAUGGUGUCAACAGGGCUUUUCCUUUUGUCUCUAGCAACAAAGCAGAUGAUGUAGUUGAAGCUCAGACCCCAAUGCUCUUUCAGCUGGUUCACUCAAAGAACUUUAAUGUUGGAGUUCAGGCGUUGAUGCUUCUCAAUAAAAUCUCGGCAAAAAAUCAGAUCGUCAGUGAUCGGUUUUAUCGUGCUUUAUACUCCAAGCUCUUACUUCCUUCUGCCAUGAACACUUCUAAGGAAGAAAUGUUCAUCGGUCUUCUUUUACGAGCUAUGAAGGACGAUCUUAAUUUGAAGAGGGUGUCCGCAUUUGCAAAACGUUUGUUGCAGGUCUCCUUACAACAGCCACCUCAGUAUGCUUGUGCAAGCCUCUUUCUUCUUUCUGAAGUUCUUAAAUCAAGACCACAUCUAUGGAACAUGGUACUUCAAAGUGAGCAGGCUGAUGAUGAACUUGAACAUUUUGAAGACAUUGUUGAAGAUCCAGAUAUGCAAGCAAGCAAGGCAGCAGAUAAGACAGAUACUGAUGGUGCUGAUAAUAAUGAUGAUGACGACGAUGAUAACUCAGAGGAUGGGGCCGCGUCUCCAGCUCCAAGCUCUGAUGAUGAGUUUUCAGACAAAGAAGAUGAUGACAUGCUUGAUUUUGAUGGCUCAACUGAUCUUCAGGAGUCCCAAAGGUCAUCUGGUCAAACUGCAAGCCAACCACGAGUACCAAAUGCAAAAUCUUCGUUGCCUGGAGGAUACGACCCCCGACAUAGAGAACCUAUCUAUUGCAAUGCAGAUUGUGUGGGGUGGUGGGAGUUGACUGUACUUGCAUCUCAUGUACAUCCUUCUGUUUCCACCAUGGCCAAAACACUUCUCUCUGGGGCCCACAUUGUUUACAAUGGCAACCCAAUAAAAGAUCUUUCGCUUGGUGCUUUCUUGGACAAGUUUAUGGAGAAAAAGCCUAAAGGAAGAAAUUGGCAUGGUGGUUCCCAGAUAGAACCUGCUAGACAGCUUGAUAUGAGCAAUCCGUUGAUUGGGGCAGAUAUUCUUCAGUUAGAUGAAACAGAUGUAGCACCAGAAGAUGUUAUGUUCCAUAGGUUUUACAUGAACAAGAUGAAUUCCUCAAAGAAACCAAAGAAGAAAAAGAAGAAGGGAACUGAGGAAGAGGCAGCCAAUGACUUGAUAGGAGAAGGGGAUGAAGAUGACGAAAGUGACAAUGAAGAGAUUGAUGCCAUAUUGGAUUCUUCAAACCCUGCUCUAGAUUCUGAUGGUGAGUAUGACUACAAUGACUUGGACCAAAUCGCUGAUGAGGAUGAUGAUGAGUUGGAAGGAAAUGCUAGUGAUGGACUAGAGUUUCCAAUAGACGUUGAAGAGGAUGACGAGAUGGUGGUUGAUGAUGACAGUGAUGUUGACAUCAACAUUGGAGAUGCAGAAGAUGGAAGUGAUGACGAGGAGGAUGUAUUCGAGAUGCAGCCAAGGAAAAGGAAGACCCGAGGGAAAACUGGUGCCUCGCCUUUUGCAAGUCUUGAGGAAUAUGAACAUCUGAUGGAUGAGGAUGACAAUGGCAAUGACAAUGAAAGCGAUGAUGAAAAUGUCAAGGCUCCAAAGAAAAAACGAAAAAAAUCUAAUAAGAAGACUAGAAGGUCGAAACCCAAAAGCAAGAAAGUGUCUACAGAGUAAGCUUUUGGUAUUCCGUGUUUUGUUUAUCAAGAGAGUUAAAUUGCCCACUAGUGUUAGAGUAUCGCUAGUGGCACUUGACGAUGGAUGUCCAAAUCCAAUAGAAUUCGCAUCUUCUUCCUCUCAUAUUAUGGCAAGGCUGUCGCAAUUGCAAUUUUGUUAGAGACUUGACAGCAGCAGGGGGCAGACACGAGUUUCAUGUUUUAGGACAAUCUUCCAAUUCCAUGAACAAAUUUUUGACUAAACAUCUUAUAAGUUAUAUAGAUUGUUUCUCAUUUUCCUGAUUUGGCAAUACUUAUUUCUAGUUUUGCAAUGUAGAAUCUUUUAGAUCCCUGUAACGAAUGAAGUUAAAAUACUACCUUGUCACUUGUACCAGUUAAGACCAUUGUAUAAUCCUUUGAUCUCCAUUGGCUUUUCAAAAACUUUUCAUUCUAA